GCGCGAGUUCGAAUCCCAACCGGCGGACCCGCCGCGGCGGCGGCGCUCCCGGGGAAGCCCCGGUCCCCCAGCCCGAGGCCCCCGCAGGACUCCAGGCCGCUUCGGAGGACCCGCGGCGGCGGCCGCCCGGAAUCUUGGGGGUCCCGGCGGUGGUCUGGCGCCGGGCGGGGGCUGCCGUCCAACGAGCCGCCGCUGCUCCGCCGGGCGGGCCCCUCGGCGCCUGGCAGCGGCCCCGGCAACCCUCCUUUGUUGCGGCGGCUGCUCCGCCUCUGCCCUGCCCGGCCGCCCCUCCGAGCCCGGGACCCCUGCGCAGCCCCGGCCCUCCAAGGAGCCCUCGGGCGAGCAGGGCAGAGGCGGCGGCUGCCCUUCCUGGCCCCUGGCCGGCGGGAGGAGGAGGAGGAGGAGGAGGAAGGGCGGCGCUCCCCCCCGCUGCCGCCCCCGGGCCCAACCCGCCUCGCUUCCCUCUGGCCCCGCCUGGCUGCCCCCCGACGCCCAGGCCGCUGCAGGAUGGAGCCGGGCCCGGCGCUGCAGGAGGAGUACCGCCGGUGCCUGGAGAGGGACUUCCGCAGGGGCCACGUUGGGGCCUGCAGCGACGCCUCCCUGAAAGAGCUGCUGUGGCAUCACCUGCUGGAGGACCCGGAGCUCCACUGCAGCCUGGACGGGGAGGACACCUGGGCCACGCUGGCCACUGCCCUGCGGGGACACCUGGACACCAAAGGGGCCCUCCGGGACCUCGGCCGGGCCUUCGAAGUGCUGGAGCUGGCAGCCGUCAACCUCUACUUCUUCCCUUGGCGCAAAGAAUUUGCCACCAUUAAGACCUUCUCGGGGGUCUAUGUCCACACCCUUCAGGGGGUCCUGCCAGAGGCCGACCUUGCCCGGAGUUUCCGCCGACUGGGCUACGUACAGCAAGACCGUCUCCACCUGGUGAAUUCUCGACUGCCGCCAGGCGCCAACCUGCUCUGUGCAGCCUGCUGCUUCUUUGCAGCCAGAGUGGAGUGCCAGAUCCUGGCAAAAAUUGUGGAAGAAUUGGAGCCGCGGGUCGUGCCGCCCGAUGAGUUGCUGAAGGCUCGGAAGGAGGCCAAGGGCAGCCUCGAGCGGUGCGUGGCCAAGCUGCAGAGCCUGACACGGUGGCCACGGAGCCGCGAGGUUCGCUCGGACCUGGCUGGCGGGCUCGAUCUCUACCGGGAGAGCGCUGAAGGCCACAGCUUCUACAGGGAGCCAGUGGGGAGUCGGCACUGGAGCCAGGAUGCCUCCUCCCUCAGCGAGUGCGGCAGCCCCAGGCUCCUGAGGCGGAGCCCCCAGCCGCUGGCAGAGUGCCGGAGCGAGCCCCCCUGGAGCCGGGAGUCUUCCUGUGGCAACGGACUCCUGGGCUCGGAGGAGCCCGACUUGGCGACCUCCUUCUCCUUCAUCUCCUUGAGGCGGGAGCUCAGCAGGACUUCUGAGAUGGACUUCCCCGCUCAGUUGGGGAAUUCGUUCUUAUUCUCUGGCCUGGGAGGCUAUGAGAGUUCUGACCCCCCUUCGCAGGCGACGAGCAGCCCGGCCUCUCCUCCGUCCAGGCAGCCCAGGAGCCUCCACCUCAGUCCGGCCAGCCUGCACAGCAGCACUCAGGGACUGAGCCCCGAGCCGGCCCAUUACCAGAUGCACACCUGCCUGCUCCCGGGGGCCCUGCCCUGCUCCUGCUGCAACACCUGCAGGCUCCUGCACGUCAGCAGCUGUGAUGGGGUUCAACUCUGCCGGAACCGCCACCACCUCGUGGAAGAGCUGCAGAGUGAGAAGCAGCAGCGCCUGUGGCUGCAACGAACAGAGGUGGACAGGCUGCUGCAGGAGGGAGGAGGGCCUUGGCAAUAGGAUGGGGACGCCCGGCUGGGCUUUGGGGCGCAGACCCCCACACCCUGCGGGGUCAUUGAGGAUCAUGCCUGCCAAGCCUGCUUUCCCCCUCUGGCCUGGGGCAGGACAGGGUCAAAAGCAGCCAAGCCCCCCCCCCACCUUUCUUCUAACAGGAGGGAACUGGGUAGAUUUUGUUGAUGGAGGAUUGAAGGGGAGGAGAUGGGGUUUGAUUAAGGGUCCAAUGCCCACGAAGUCUGAAGGUGGCAGGUGGGGAGACCUCAUGCCAGGAACCCUGAUUUCAUUCUGGAUGCACGUCUUGUCUCAUCCGGGAAGCCCUUAAUGACAUUCCAAAAUUCGGCCAGUCUCCUUUCCCAGUCUGAAAUUUAUGUGGCCUGAGGCUGCUCUGGAUAUGGCAGAGGCCAGAGAAGAGCCUCCUGCUCAAGCAGCAAGCUAGGGAGGAACUGCGGGCAGCAUUUUUACAAAUCCAGAAUGGACCCCGUGGUCUGAUGAAAGAUGCUGUUGUAAUAAACUUAACUGAAAGCUA